UCUAUGAAUGAGGUAAGAGGUCAACCAAACAGUAUGGCGGCCUAGCAGACGAGACAGGUUGCAUUUUCUGUUAUUUGCGCGGAUUUAUCGUUCACUUCAGCUAAUAUAUGAUCAACUGUUGUCACAAGGGAUUCACCUUCGACAAUCGAAGUGAUCGCUUUGGGGAAAGUUGCCGAAUUAUUGUCUGGGGAUGUUAAAAAGCCGUUUAGCAUGGCAAACUGAAGAUUUGAAAGAACUCGCGCUCGCACUAGUACAAAAAUCAAGAUCCCCUUCAAACUCAGCGUGCUUAUGCCUGGAGAGCGAUGAUCAAUGGCAGAUUCCACCAAAGCGUUUUGUGAGGGGGAGGCAGCAUGGGAAGAUAUGGAAGGUCCCACUAAUUCCUUCGGCAGCGAAAGCUUCGCAGACUUCAUCAAAGUUCGGCGCAUACCUAACCAGAACAUCGUCCACAGGCUGCGGCAGAGAGAGACGCACGCUGCCUUCCCGGGCACCAACUGGCACAUAGCUCGCUCCUUUCACCAAAACCUGUUCCCCAACUUCACCAUCGUCAAUGUCGAAAAGCCGCCAUGUUUUCUGCGAAAGUUUUCACCAGACGGGAAGCACUUUAUUGCCUUCUCCUCUGACCAGACUUCGAUAGAGAUCUACAAAUUCCGAGGCUCGCACGCAGCAGAGAACAUUCUGUUCAGUCGGGAGGGGGAAUUGCUGUCUGGAACAGAUGCCAGCAACGACGCUGCUCAGAUCCGGGCGUGCUUGUUUGACACCUUCUUUGAACUCAUGCACACCACAAGCGUGGCGCCGAACGGGGAGCAUCUGAACAGAGAGUGCAGCCUCUUCACGGAGGACAGCAGAUACGUCAUUGUUGGAUCGGCCAUGUAUGUCCCCGAGGAACCGUAUCCGUACUUCUUCGACAUGUACCAGAAUAACGAAUCAGUAGCCCCCAACCCCCGAUCUCCGCUCGAGGACUACUCCCUCCACAUAGUGGACAUGCACACAGGUAGGCUGUGCGACACAAAACAGUUCAAGUGCGACAAAAUCUUCCUCUCGCACAACCAGGGUCUCUACUUGUACAGGAACAUCCUCGCCGUGCUGUCGGUUCAGCAGCAGACCGUCCACAUAUUCCACAUCGGGGAGGACGGCUACUUUGUCGGAGUUCGGAGCAUCGGAAGGUUCUGCUACGAGGACGACGAGUUGAUGCUGUCUCACGUCAGGCAGGAGUUCAACCCGACGCAGCAACAGGUCCGCCCGUUCAGGGAGACCGCCAUCAACUGCCUGAAGCACCGGCUGCUGGUGUUCCUCUACAGCAGGGCGAAGCAGGACGGGUCCCCCUUCGCCCUGCGGCAGUUUUUCCAGUACUUUGACCAGUUCUGCAUGCUGAGGAUGUGGAAGAUGCAGCUGCUUGACGAGAACCAUCUUCUCAUUAAGUACGCCAGCGAGGAUGUGGUGACGCUACGCGUCCAGGACCCAAACUCACAGCCUUCGUUCUUCGUGGUCUACGACAUGAUGUCGACGAACGUUGUGGCGGUGUUUGAGAACACGUCAGAAGAGCUGUUGGAGCUGUUUGAGAACUUCUGUGACCUGUUCAGGAACGCCUCCCUCCACUCGCAGCCCGUCCACUUCACAUGCUCUGCCUCAAGCAACAUCUACGCUCGACAGAUACAGAGAAGAUUUAAACACACCAUCAUCCAUGCUAAGUACGGUGGUCAGACGGAGGCAGUGAAGCGCCUGCUUGCCCAGCUGCCCAUCAGUGCCCAGUCCUAUAGCAGCAGUCCCUACCUCGACCUCUCGCUCUUCAGCUACGACGACAAGUGGGUGUCGGUCAUGGAGAGACCAAAGGCUUGCGGGGACCAUCCCAUCAGGUUCUACGCCAGAGACUCCGGUCUGCUGAAGUUUAAGAUCCAGGCGGGGAUGCCAGGCCGUCAGACCCCGCCCACCGCGCGCCGCCUGGUUGCUUUUACGUUCCACCCGUACGAGCCGUUCGCCAUCUCCGUACAGAGAACAAACGCUGAAUAUGUAGUUAAUUUUCACGUCAGACACUGUCCCUCAGACUAAUAUAUUUCUGUGUAAUGAAUGUUGUUGGUGCUACGGUUUUAGCCACUCCAAUGUAAUUUUUGGGUUCUCGGAUUUGAGAAUAAAAGCUUAUCGGAAAUAACAAAAUUAAAACAAAGCCGGAGAAGCAGGUUUGUGCCUUGGUGCUCUCAGUUUUAUGCAAUGAUAUUCAAUUUUAUACAAUCAUAUUCAAGUUUUCUUCCCUGCCCUCGAUAUUGUUUACUGUAUUCUGGGUUCUUGGAUUAGAAAAGUACGCUCAUCUGGAAUAACCUAAUGAAAACAAAGACUGAGGACCGGGUUUGUGCCUUGUUGCACCCAGUUUUAUGCAGUACACUGAAUAUACUUUCACCUUAAAAACUGAGAACCAAGAAAAUAGAUUGGUGUGUCGUUGCUUUAUUCUUGAAGGAAGGAGUUCUAUCAGUUGUGUAGUGUAUUUUUUGAUGUUCAUAUCUUUUUCCUGUGCCAUUUGCAACUUAAGUGAUAACUGUACCACUUCUUACAUGCCACACAUUUCAAUUCAAUGUAUGUGUAUUGCUGUACUGUUGUAACUUGAUGUUUUUUAUCUAUGGAGUUUUAUGAGGUAGCCUGUGUUAUACAAACUCUUGCUGCCAGGUGCUAAAAUUUAUCCUGCCUACCAGUCGAGCAAGCUGCUAGGAGCAUGAUUUAGGCAGGCUAUUUUAAGACAUAGUUGAGUACAUUUAAGUCCAACACAUCUUAUGUAUGCAUUCCAUGGUUCAAUCUUC